GCACGAGAAUGCAUGGCCGCCGGCGUCAGACUCCAAUCCACCGUCCGCCCGCCCGCCCAGCGGCAGCGCUUCGUAGUCCGGUUGACCUUUCUGUUCCCGUAGAAAUUACUCGGUUUCUACGGGAUAAUCUUGGUGGAGCCAGUCCAAAGGAGGCAAUUGGUGGAGCCAGUCCAAAGGAGGCAAGAAAUUACUCGAUUCCUUGCCAAAUCACUCGUCCCCUCUCUCGGAGCAUCUCCAACAAUACCUCAAACUAGUGCCUCAAAUUGAAAUAUGGAGCUCUACACAGAAAAAACUACUCCAACAACAGUGCCCUAUUUCAUAAUUUUUUAUUAAAAAAAUUAUAGUACACCCUCUCAAGUGACUCAAAUAUACUACACCGUAGUGGGCUGCCCUAUAAUCUAUAUUUAGGGCUUUACUGUUGGAGCGGAGUGUUUUGUUGGUGCCCUAAAUUCUAUAAAAUAUACUUAUUUUCAAAUUAUAGGACAUUUUUAUAGUUCACGUUGUUGUAGAUGCUCUCACACAGACACAGUCCGCAGUCCACACGCACCUCUUCCUUCUCCCGCCGGAGGGCGCGCCGCGGAAGACGCCAAUGAGUUUGGUCCGGUCCGGUCCGUUGGCUCCAUGUAGGCGCACGGGAGAGUGGAGACACCUGCCUGAUCCUGCAAUGCAAUCCGUCGCCGGCUGCUGAUCAGGCAACCUCCUGAUUCGGAGCCAUUUCGCGGGUGUCUUGGGGGGGCCCAUGCCCAUCGCCGUGUUUCGUUUCCUGCUCUGCCCGCUUUGGCCGUGCAUUAAUAGCCGCUUCCUUGUGAUAGUCCUCCCCUUCCGUCCUCUCUCCCUCUCUCUCUUCCACCUCCUCUCCUCUCGCUCAGUCGCUCGUCGGCUCUGUUCUUGGGAGUGCCAGUCGGGUUGCGUUGCGGCAGCACAAAAAAACCCCCCUUCUUGGACAGCAUCUGUCUGCGCCGGUCUGAUGGGCUUGGGUUGCUUCGGGUGCUUCGCGCCGGAGGUGGAUGAGGACCUCAAGCCCUCCAAGCCCGACGACUCGUCAGGGACCGAUGCGAGAAGGAAGGUCGCGCCGGAUGUGGCCAACGGCUACGCGCACAGCUUCACCUUCAAGGACCUGCUUGUCGCUACCGGCUACUUCAACCACGCCAAUUUCAUCGGAGAAGGUGGGUUCGGGAAGGUGUACAAGGGCAAGAUCAACGGACAGAUGGUGGCUGUUAAGCAGCUCACUCAAGAUGGCGUGCAGGGGAGGAACGAGUUCCUGGUCGAGGUGCUCAUGCUGACAAUGCUCAACCAUCGCAAUCUCGUCAGCUUGGUCGGGUUCUGCGCGCAGGGGGACGAGAGACUGCUAGUGUACGACUACAUGCCGUUCGGAAGCCUGGAGAGCCAUCUGUUUGACGUGCCUCUCGGCAAGAAACCGCUGGACUGGAACACGCGUGUGAGGAUAGCCGUGGGAGUCGCGGAAGGGCUCUCUUACCUGCACAACGUAGCCGAUCCGCCCGUCAUCUACCGCGAUAUGAAGGCUGCUAACAUCCUGCUGGGCGAGGACUUCAGCCCGAGGCUGUCUGACUUCGGGCUCGCCAAAGUCGGACCUGUCGGAGACAGGACCCAUGUGUCCACGAGAGUGAUGGGCACCUAUGGCUACUGCGCUCCUGACUACGUUGUGAGCGGCAAGCUUACCAUGAAAUCCGACAUAUACAGCUUCGGCGUUCUUCUGCUGGAGCUGAUCACGGGGAGGAGGAUCUACGAUGCUUCAAGGCCUAAACCGGAGCAGAGCCUGCUGACAUGGUCGAGGCCGUUCCUGCAUGAUAAGAGGAAGUUCCACCGGCUUGCUGACCCGUCUCUGCUGGGCUGCUACCCGUCAUCGGCGCUGAACCAGCUAGUGGUGAUCAGCAUCAUGUGCCUCCAAGACCAGCCCCAUGUCCGCCCAAUCAUCUCCGAUGUUGUGAUAGGCCUGAACCACGUCGCGAGCCAGCCAUGCACCGCUGAGCGCACGCUGCCGGCGUGCAUGACCUCCCCACCGAGCAGCGGGUCGCCGCAGCUCGUCAGCACGCCGGCAAGAAGGAGAGGUGGUAGGUUGAUCGGGCAGUAGUAUGCUUAGGGCUCAAGCUCACGUCUAAAGAGGUCAGAUGAGACCGGUAGGGGAGGGCAGUUGAAAUUGAAGCCGUCAAGUUCAGUUCCAUCGAGUCAGCCUUUUUGAUUGAAGCGGUCUCGAGUGACUUGCUUGAGCAGUUGAGCUUGACCAUGCAUGCCUAUUGCUCUUUUUUCGACUUCUUCAUUGUUUUCAGUUUUGAAUUCUGUAGCCAGUGUACUAUGUACAUAGGAUGUGCCCUCCUGUGGGAAAGAAAAGAAUGCAGCAGCCAUGCUAGAAGAGGGAGGGGGGCUCCUUUUGGGAUAUUCAUCAUCGAGUUAGCAGGCAAUCAUGUACAGAGUUGUCAUGGUUCGUUGGUUUAGUGCAUGUUGGCCUGCAGAUGACGCUCCAGCAUUGUGGUAUUUGAAUGCCAACUUGGGACAAGGGCGAUUUGCCAUGCAUGGAUGGCUGACUACAUAUGUCUGGAGCUUCGAUAACACUUGACCACCAAUUUGAAACUGCAGGCAGUGCUGUGCUUGUCA